CUUGAGUCUAUACGAGGCUACUCCAAUUCUCCAUUGGAACCCCAAACUCCUGCUUCUAUUUAGAAACAAGCGUUUUUGGAGACUUUUCUUUUUUCAUUUCUCUCAGUUUUACCAAUUUUGACCUUUCUUAUUUUCACCUAAACCCUGUCCUUCCUUCCGGUCCUGUUUCUGCUUCCACCCAGUCCUUUAAUCGUGAUUCAGCAUGUCCUCCGCAAACUCGAAAAUCAAACGCCCCAACUUUCUCUUCAUCCUUGCAGAUGAUCUUGGAUUUUCCGAUAUUGGGUGCUAUGGCAGCGAGAUUCAGACUCCAAAUAUCGACAAGUUGGCGGCCGAGGGCGUGCGCAUGUUGAACACACACGCUGCUGCCGCUUGCUCCCCCACGCGUGCCAUGCUUAUGAGCGGUACGGAUGCCCACCUUGGUGGUCUCGGCGUGCUCAUUGAAUAUAAGAAUAGCGAGAAGGGGGCCAAGAGGUGGUCUGGUAAAGCAGGAUAUGAGGGCUACCUCAACACUGACGUUGCCACAUUACCAGAGAUUCUACAUGAUAAUGGUUACUUUACACUCAUGUCCGGCAAGUGGCACUUAGGUUUGCGGAUGUCUCAAGGACCUUGGAACCGCGGGUUUGAAAAAGCUUUUGCUAUGCUGCCCGGUUGCUGCAACCACUACGGCUGGGAGCCAGUGAAGGAACCUUUCCCGGUGGGCGGACGUCCAAUCCAUGCUGAGGAAGGAAAAAAAGUCGACAUUCCCGCCAACAAGACUGAAGACGCCGAGGGCUUCUAUUCCACCGACUACUAUACCGAGAAAAUGAUUGAGUAUCUUCGCAAUCGGUCCGAAAAUGACAUGGAAAAGCCAUUUUUUGCUUUUCUACCAUAUACUGCCCCCCACUGGCCCUUACAGUGUUCCAAGGCGAAACGCGACAAGUAUAAGGGAAUAUAUGAUGACGGUCCAUAUGCUCUGCGGUCACGGCGUUUACAGAGGCUACAGGAGCUUGGCAUUAUCGAUCCGUCUGUUAUUCCGCAUAACGUAGAAACGACCACGAUGGAUGCCGAAGAAUGGGAUGACCUUACAUCGGAGGAGAAGAAGCUGUCGAGCCGUGCCAUGGAGGCUUAUGCAGGCAUGAUAGACACCAUAGAUGAAAAUAUUGGUAAGGUCAUGGACUAUUUGAAAAGUACGGGAGAAUACGACAAUACUUUCAUCAUCUUCAUGAGCGACAAUGGCGCUGAGGGUGCCGCGCUAGAAGCUGUCCCUGUAAUGGGAGACAACAUCAAGCGAGCAAUCCAUCAGUAUUAUGACAAUUCCUACGACAACAUAGGCGCGUGGAACUCUUAUACCUGGCUUGGUCCCCUAUGGGCUCAGGCAUUGACCGCUCCGUCAAGGUUGUUCAAGUGCUUCCCUUCGCAGGGUGGCAUUCUUGUUCCAUGUGUGGUCAAACCUCCCGUCGGUUCUUUCCAUCCGUCUUUCCUUCCUGGUUCGGUGAAUCGGUCUUUGACGACUGUCAUGGACUUUAUGCCAACUUUCUUGGAGGCAGCCGACAUAUCGCUGCCACCAGUCACAGAGCAUCAGUCGACAGCAGGGAAGGUUAGAAUGACAGCGUUUCGAGGCAGAAGCGUGCAUGCCAUCCGCGGCAAGUCGUGGAUGCCGUACUUCGGCCGUGGUCAGAAGAUAGAGGACGAUGAGAUGUGGACAAUUCACUCGUCGACCGAACCCAUCGGGUGGGAGCUUUUCGCACGAGGCGCCCUACGUAAAGGCGAUUGGAAGAUUGUCCACUUUGCCGAAAAGCACGGCGGCGCAGGCGUAGGUGAUGACGGUUGGGAGCUGUUCAAUGUUGUCCAGGAUCCUGGUGAGACCAAGGACUUGGCAACGGCCGAACCAGCCAAAUUUAAAGAGCUACUGGCAUGCUGGGAGGACUAUGUAGUCGAGUGUGGCGUUGUCUGGGGCGAGUCUGCUGCCGCCCCGGGACUGACCUUUGACGAGGCACCAGAAUUGUGGGAAGAUGAGGUUGGUUUGCAAAAGGCGUGGAUGGGCGCCCAGGGCGGAGCCUGUCCGGCUACUUGUAUAUAGUUAAAGAAGAGUUCAUAUUCCUAAAUGCAUAAGCAAGGCAAGGAAUGGGCAUCAGCAUUGUAUGCCGUAUUGGUCCUUUUUUAUAGAGAUUGGGGGGGGAUUGGGGUCUGAAGAAAACUAACAAACGCGCG